GUGAUGAUUAAUGUAUAACUACAUAUGUAUAAAUAAAUGAUAUAGUCGUGCGCGCACGGCGCGAGGUGGGGGUAGAAGGAAACAACCGGCCGAACCGAGCGGACGUGCAGCGCGACGAUUACGGAACAUAACUAGAUUGUUUUAUUAUACCUUAUCCGUGAUCUAAUACUUACCCUCGUGACGAGUGGACGUCACAAGUGGCGACGAGUCUACGGGUUGCCCAAAAAUGUCCCAAAUACCACCGCUUGAAACAUUUGAUUGCGAAGGUGAACCUGCAUCUGUGGGUUUGCGGUGGGAAAAGUGGAAGCGUGGGUUAGAAAUUUUUCUAACAGCUACGGAUGUUAGCGAUCCAAAAAAGCGGAAGGCUAACCUUCUACACUUAGGAGGGUUGACGUUACAAGAGAUAUACCAUAACUUACCGGACGAGCAGGAAGCCGAGCACGGUGGUGAUGAAUACGAGAUUGCUAUAAAAAAACUCGAUGAAUAUUUCUCACCAAAGCAAAGUAAAAUCUACGAGCGGCAUUUAUUUAGAUUAUUAAAACAGGAACCGAGUGAGAAAUUUGAGAAGUUUCUGGUGCGGCUACGUAACCAGGGUAGUAAAUGCAAAUUUGUUAAUCAAGAGGAUAAUAUUAUUGAUCAAAUCGUAGAAAAAUGUAGUUCCAAAGACUUAAGAAAGAAAAUACUUACAUUAGGCGAUGAUGCUACCCUCGAAAAAAUUAUAGCUCAGGCAAAUGCCAUUGAAGCAGUCGAAAGACAGCUCAGUGACUAUGGUCAGGCCAGUCAAACAUCUAUUAUAAACAAAAUGGAUGUGAAAAAAAAUGAUUCUGAGAUUUUAGGAUGUUCGCGUUGUGGUAGUAUACAACAUACUGGAGACAGUAAUGUUUGUCCAGCGAAGGACAAACAAUGCUUAAAAUGUGGAUUUGUUGGCCACUUUAGGAGCAAAUGUCGAACUCGGGCGAGCAAAAGGAAAAGUUCUAUUUUGACGGCCACAAAUCGACACCCACAUAAAAGAGCGAGGAGAUCCAACAAUGAUCAGAAUAGAUAUGGGAACAAUCAGGAUGAAGAAUCUCAAGCUAAAACCGGGGUCAAUUAUAUAUUUCACAUAGAUGCCGACGCUACGAUGAAGUGUAAUGUCGGAGGUGUCCCAAUAGAUAUGAUAAUUGACUCGGGUAGUAAAUGUAAUAUUUUAAGUGACAAGACUUGGAAUUAUUUAAAAACGUGCAGGGUCGAAGCUAGGAAUCAAAUUUGUAAACCGGACAAGACAUUCCUCGCAUACGGCAGCGAUAAACCUCUGACAGUUAUCGGAUCAUUCGAUACUGAUAUCCAAAUAGGAGACCAAGUACAAUCGGGUACCUUUUAUGUCGUAAAAGGUGGCACACGAGAUCUCUUGGGAAAAGAUACUGCCAUGUCUCUUAAGGUUCUUAAACUAGGGUUAGGGGUUUACCAGGUGAGUGACAACAGUUUUCCUAAAAUAAAAAAUAUACAACUUCACAUAUCCAUUGAUAAAACUGUAAAACCGGUAGCUCAACCUUGUCGGCGAGUACCUAUUCCGUUGGAAGAGAAAAUCAAUGAUAAAAUUGACGAACUUGUUAAAUUAGACAUUAUUGAACCAGUAAAAUUUCCAUCCGGGUGGGUUUCGCCGAUAGUGCCAGUUCUUAAGCCAGAUGGUGAUGUGAGGGUAUGUGUAGAUAUGCGUUGUGCCAACAUGGCUAUAGUACGAGAAAAUCACCCUUUGCCUACCAUGGACCAGUUACUUCCUAAAUUUAAAAAAGCUAGGGUAUUUUCCAAGCUUGACAUUAAAGACGCGUUUCAUCAAGUCGAAAUUAGUGAAGACUCUAGAGACAUUACAACAUUUAUUACUGGAAAAGGUCUGUAUCGUUAUAAAAGACUGAUGUUUGGCAUCUCAUGUGCUCCGGAACACUUUCAAAAAAUUCUUGAAAGGAUUCUUUUACCAUGUGAUGGUGUUGUAAAUUUCAUUGAUGAUAUUGUAGUGUAUGGGGAAAGCAAUUCCGAACACGAUGCUAGAUUGAAUAAAGUGUUAGUUUUAUUCAAGGAAAAUAAUAUUCUCUUAAAUCAAAACAAAUGCGUUUUUAAUGUCAAGAGUAUAAAGUUCCUCGGUCAUGAAUUGUCUGUUGAUGGUAUUAAGCCUUUAGCUAGUUAUGUAAAAGUUGUAGAAAACUUUAGAGAACCGUCUUCAAUUGAAGAAGUGCAAAGUUUCUUAGGGCUCAUCAAUUAUGUAAAUAAGUGGAUUCCCAAUAUGGCUACUAAAUCAGAACCCCUUAGGAGACUAUUAACCCUUAAAUUGGGUAAAAAAGCGGCAAUCGGCUCACAUUGGGGUCCUGAACAAAGCCAAUCAUUUAAAUCGCUCAAAGAAUCUUUGAGUAAUAUCCACACACUCGGAUAUUAUGAUCCAAAUGAUAAAACGACGGUAAUGGCUGAUGCUAGUCCGGUAGGCCUAGGUGCAGUGCUCAUUCAAUCUGACAAUAACGGACCUCGAGUGAUUGCUUAUGGUAAUAAAAGUCUAACCGAUGUAGAAAAACGAUAUUGUCAGACUGAAAAAGAAGCACUUGCACUGGUCUGGGCGGUCGAACAUUUUAAGAUAUACCUAUUCGGCAAAGAGUCAUUUGAUUUGGUGACUGAUCACAAGCCGUUGGAGGUUAUAUUUGGCAGUCGUUCAAAACCUUGUGCCCGAAUAGAACGUUGGGUACUACGCCUCCAAUCGUAUAAUUUCAGGGUGCUGUAUAAGCCAGGUAGAACAAAUAUCGCAGACUGUUUAUCCCGAUUAUGUGCCACAAAUAACCCCCAACCGUUUGAAGAUGAACACCACAUUAAUCAAAUUGUUCAACUUGCCAGACCCUGUGCCAUAGGGAUGGAUAUUAUGACAGAAGCUUCCCUUCAGGAUAAUGAGAUUAAACUAGUUAAAGAAGCUUUAUCAUCGAAUAACUGGGAUCCAGUGAUAAAUAUUUAUAGGAUAUUCCAAACCGAACUUUGGACGCAUGAAGGCCUUUUAUUAAGAGGGACUAAGAUUGUUAUACCUCUUAAUUUGCGUCACCAAGUAUUGGCGGCAGCCCACGAGGGACAUCCUGGUAUCGGCGCUAUGAAAGCGCGCUUACGGACCAAGGUGUGGUGGCCUAAAAUUGACAGUGAUGCUGAAAAAAUGGUUAAAAGUUGCAAGGGUUGCACCCUUGUUUCUGCACCGAAUCCUCCACUGCCAAUGAAACGUCGUGAGCUGCCAUCAAAGCCUUGGGUUGACGUAGCAAUUGAUUUCCUAGGUCCUUUGCCUAGCGGUCAUCACCUUUUUGUUAUAGUAGACUACUAUAGCAGAUACAAAGAAAUAAAAGUAAUGAAAACAAUUACAUCUGUCGAAACAAUAAAAAAUUUAAAAGAAAUAUUCUCUAGGUUAGGUGCUCCCCUCACCAUUACUGCAGAUAAUGGCAGACAGUUUGUUAGUGAAGAUUUCCAAUCCUUUUGUCGAAACUUAGGAAUACACAUUUUUUACACUACACCCUACUCCCCUCAACAAAACGGGGAAGUCGAACGACAGAACCGCGACAUUCUUAAACGUCUAAGAAUCAGCCAAAGCGAGAAGUCUAAUUGGUAUGAUGACUUAUUAUUGUAUCUAACAAUGUAUAAUAGCACUCCUCAUUCAACCACUGGAAAAACUCCAUCCGAGUUAUUUUUUGGUAGACAGUUUAGGGAUAAAAUACCUUCCCUUUCAGAUUUAGAAAAACCGUCGAUAUCCGAAACAAAUGACAAAGACAAAAUAAUGAAAGAAAAGGGAAAGGAAUAUGAGGAUAGGAAAAGGAAAGCAGGAGAUAUGGAUAUAGGAAUUGGAGAAAAGGUAUAUGUCAAGAAUAUGGUGAAAGAAAACAAACUUUCUACAAACUUUAAUCCAACAACGCACACUGUCAUAAACAGUAGCGGACCAGAAUAUAAUUUAAGGAACGAUGAAACGGGGCAAGAAUUGAGAAGGAACAUAAUACAUUUAAAAAGGACUGAAGGUGAAUGGAGAGUAUGUGAGAAUAUGAAUGCGGAUUCGGUUGAAAUUAAUAAUAGUAGUGUUGAUAGCGAAUUAUAAAUAUAUUAUCGAA